AUGUCAGUUGAACAAGUAAACGAUCAAUUCCCCCAUGUCAAAACAUCCUUGGUUGAUGUAACGGAUAAAUUACCUUUCAAACCACCUUGUAGAAUCUAUUUCAAAAAUGAAAUGGAACAACCCUGUGGGAGUUUUAAGCUUAGGGGUAUUGGUUAUAUGAUUAAAACCAGUGUAGAAAGAUUGAGGUUACAAGGUAAAACCAAGAUUCAAGUUUUCGCAAGUUCAGGAGGUAAUGCAGGCUUAUCAGCUGCUUAUCUGUCAAGACUUUUAGGGAUCAAAUGUACUAUCGGUGUACCCAGGGCUACUAAAAAACACAUUAUCGAAAAAUUGCAAGAAUAUGGGGCAGAAGUUCUCAUGUAUGGAGACUCAAUUAACGAAGCUGAUGGUCAUUUACAAAGAAAAAUGAAUUCCCUUGACAAACUGAUAGAAACCCUCUAUUGUCACCCUUUCGAGAAUGAGUUAGUUUGGGAAGGUCACACAACGAUGAUAGAUGAAAUAGCUGAACAAUUACCUGACCCGAAGAAAUUCAAAGGUUUAGUCUGUUCAGUAGGUGGUGGUGGUUUAUAUAAUGGUUUAAUGAGAGGUUUGAAAAGACGAAACCUUAAAACUGAUAUAUUAUUGAUCGAACCAAAUCAAGCACCUACCUUCAGGGAAACCAUCAAGAGAAAAGAAAUCUUUUUAUUAGAUGAUGUUAAAUCCGUUGCCACAUCUUUAGCCUGCUCAUUCUUAAGUAAACAAAGUUUGGACUAUUACCUCGAUCAAUCCCUCCAAAAAACUUAUCUCGAAUCGAUCGAUGAUUUGGAAACUAUCAAAGGUUUAGUUAACCACUAUAAAUAUUUCAAUCAAAUUGUUGAACCUGCUUGUGGUGCAGCUGUAUCAACAGUGUUCAAUCAAUUACCAUUAUUAUAUAAAAACUUUGAUGUCAAAGCUGAUGAUAUAAUAGUUAUUGUUGUUUGUGGGGGUUCUUGUACCAACGAAGAGGAUCUUCAAGAAUUUAUGAACUUGGUGUCCAAAUCUAAAUUUUAA